UAAUUCUUUAUUUACGAGCAUUUGUUAUGAAGCUAACAUCCCAAGAAAGCAUAAGAGCUUGGAUACUAUCAGCUCUUAUGGUACAUGGAGCAGUUGCAGGCAAUCCAGAUGCUAAGCGACUCUACGACGAUCUUCUUAGUAAUUAUAACAAAUUGGUUCGCCCGGUUGUUAAUACCACAGAUGUUCUUAAAGUCUGCAUAAAGCUGAAGCUCUCCCAACUUAUUGAUGUGAACCUCAAAAAUCAGAUCAUGACGACAAAUCUUUGGGUGGAGCAGUCCUGGUAUGACUACAAAUUAAGAUGGGAGCCGAAGGAAUAUGGAGGAGUACAUAUGUUACACGUUCCGUCUGAUCAUAUUUGGAGGCCGGAUAUAGUGCUAUAUAAUAAUGCCGAUGGUAACUUCGAAGUGACUCUUGCAACAAAAGCUACAAUUUACUCUGAAGGAUUAGUUGAAUGGAAACCACCAGCUAUAUACAAGUCAUCCUGUGAGAUAGAUGUAGAAUAUUUCCCAUUUGAUGAACAGACAUGUGUUCUAAAAUUUGGCAGUUGGACUUAUGACGGGUUUAAGGUGGACUUGAGACAUAUGGACGAGCAACAAGGCAGCAAUGUUGUUGACGUUGGUGUAGAUCUAUCCGAAUUUUAUAUGUCAGUCGAAUGGGAUAUUCUUGAAGUACCAGCUGUUAGAAAUGAAAAGUUUUACACUUGUUGUGAUGAGCCUUAUUUGGACAUUACUUUUAACAUUACUAUGCGAAGAAAGACUCUUUUCUACACCGUAAACAUCAUAAUACCUUGUAUGGGUAUCUCAUUUUUAACUGUACUCACUUUUUACUUGCCAUCGGACAGUGGAGAGAAGGUUACUUUAUCAAUUUCAAUUCUUAUUAGUCUUCAUGUGUUCUUUCUCCUGGUCGUUGAAAUUAUUCCUCCAACCUCCUUGGUUGUACCUCUGUUGGGGAAAUACUUAAUAUUUGCGAUGAUUUUAGUUUCUAUAAGCAUUUGCGUAACAGUUGUGGUGCUCAACGUACAUUUUCGUUCUCCUCAAACACACCGGAUGGCACCCUGGGUUAAGCGUGUUUUUAUUAACUUUUUGCCUAAAUUUUUAUUUAUAAAACGACCAACAUAUAACUUUGAGACGAGCAAAUUACUUUUGAAGGACGCCCAUGCAUGUUUCUACCCUUAUUACUCUUCAACCAAUAUUGAUCGCCUCGUGACAUCAGGUUAUAGUCACACACCCUCGAAAGAAGAGUUGACCACUCAAAGCUUAACAAGCACCGGACCAUUUGGAGGAAGCUGUCAAGUUCAUGGUCCACUCCCACAACUUACGCAUUCCAGCUCUGAAGAUUUGACAGCUGUCCCCGAUUUAGACAUUGGAAAUUCUGGAAUAAAGAGCCCCAUAUUAAAUAAUCCGGCGUUUUCUCAUUCCAAGUGCCCACCCAGAGUUCAUCGUAGCUGUUUUUGUGUAAGAUUUAUAGCAGAGCAUACUAAAAUGCAAGAGGAUUCUACGAAAGUAAAAGAAGAUUGGAAGUAUGUAGCGAUGGUAUUGGAUAGACUCUUUCUAUGGAUAUUUACGUUAGCUGUUUUAGCUGGUACAGCUGGAAUCAUUUUACAAGCCCCAACUCUGUACGACGAUCGGAUUCCUAUUAUUGAGCAAAAAGACCUAGAGUUUUCAGGAACUUCAGCUGGACGCUGUAGACCUCCCCAAUAGCGUUUUUAUUCCAAUAACGCCCACUUAAUUUUAAAUUGACCACUUUUGAGUAACCUUUUAAACCUGAAAGGUACAUCAUUAAUUCAGUUGUUUCAAAUAUUUUGUUGGUUUUAAAAACAGAUAAGUUACAAGGUGUGUUACUCUACAAUCUCAUAAAAUUAUAAUAGAACCUACAUUAUUUAAUAAGCACUUCAGUUACAGUAAUUUAAAAAAUUAUUUUAUUUAUAUUUGAUAAGCAAAGCAUGAAGUUUAUGGAAUAAAUAUAUACAUAGAGUUUAUUGAAGCUACAGAAA